UUGUGACUCUGAUUAUGGUUAUUAUUAGCAAUGAUGUGAUAGCUGUACGUGGUGUAAACAAAUAAAAUAUCUGUAUUGACUAAUAGCAUAUAAGGAGGAGUGCAGUGCUGCCAGCAUCAGUUUAACCAGCAGAGCUUCCAUUGUUCUCUGUACUGACAUGUGUGAGCAUUUAUACUGGCAGGUGGAGGAUGUUACACCAUCACAACAUUUUAAACAGUGUUGAAUCUUUGCUGCAGGUUUGAUCUCACAGAUAAAUGACCAAUGUUACCUUCUGUAUCUAAUAGAUUAUUGGAUUGAUUAAACAGUUAUAAAUAUACAGUUAGUCUCUGGAUGCUGUGCCACAUACUGCUGAGUCAUUAAUGACACAGCAUGUUUUUGUUGCGUUAAUAUGACUUUCAUGUUUCUCUAUUAUAAAGGUUCAGAGUCGCUUACUUCACCCGACAGGUUGACUUGUUUUUAUUUUUAUCAGUGAGACACAUUAUAACAUCUCUGAGUCUUCAGUACUGAACAGAAAGUGAGACCGAGCACAAUUAGUUACAAACUGAGACUCAGAGUUUCUAUAGAAAUUAUCUAAAUACAAAGUUAUUUAGGUGAUGUGUUAAAGCAUGACAGGCACGCAAGCGUCAGAGUGGGAGUUCCCAUUACGUCAUCACGCCUUGGGACUUCAAACACUCUGGGGCUGAGGGUAAACCCAACCACGUGAUCUGGGUGGAGUUAACUCAGCUCUUAAAUAAAGAGCGAGUCAGCUUCGCAGGUCAUUCAUUCAGAGCGAAGCAGGCAGGGACUGAUCGGACUGCAGCUUUCCAGAAAAAAAACUUUCUUCAGUCAGAAAACGGAAUUUUUAAUCAUCGAUCAUGUCUCUGAACAACUUCUACUUUAAGGACUUUUCCUUUUUCUCACUCUGGACUUUUCUCCUGUGCUCGGCUUUGUCCGUCUGGACUCCCGUACAAGGUGAGGUUCUGGUGAUUGGUUCAGAUCUUCCAAUCGUCGCUGCUCCGGGUGAUGAUGUCAUCCUGCCGUGCCACCUGGCGCCCACGUUCGAUGUCCAGGGUCUGACGGUGGAGUGGUCCAAACCCGACCUGAAGCCCGACCCGUCGGACCGGCUGAGCCGAGUGGAGUACGUUCACCUGUACAGGGACAGGAAGGAGGUCCCCGACAUGAAGAUGGCCUCGUACUUCAGGAGGACGGAGCUGUUCAUGGACGACAUGAAACACGGGAACAUUUCACUGAAGAUCCUGAACGUGUCAGAGGAAGACAACGGCAGAUACAGAUGCUUCAUCCCCAAGCUGAGGAGCAGAGUGAAAGCUGCUGUUGUUGAACUUGUAGUCGAUUCAAACUUUGCUAAAACCUCAACGACAGAGACGCCGCUGCAAACUCCAGAUCCUCAGGACACGACUCCAACAAAUGGUCGAUCCAGUGUCACUGUGGUUCUUCUCAUCGCUUUUAUAUCGGCUGUAGCUGUUGCUGGUCUUAUUGUAUAUUUUUGCUGCCAUCAUCAGAAUCGAACUAAGCAUCCAGACGAUGAGACACAAAAACAACCACUACCAGUCUAGCUGCCUUGCUCAAAGGAGCGUUGGUGUUAAUGGAGCUGAGAGCAGCAGAGAUUUAUCUGUGCUGGAUCUUCAGUCACAUUGGGGAUUCAAACCAGCAUCCACAGGGUGACCCUCGGAGCUAGCUGCACUGAGAUCAUCAUAAGGUCACACCUACAAAAGGAUGUGAGCCUGAUUUGAACUUUGACCCCAGCUGGAGACUCGAGCCUCGUCCAGCUUAUUUAUCGAGCUCAUUUUCAAACAAAGAAAGUGUAGAACAAGGAAACCCAGAGUGGAAGAUCAGAGGAUGUAAACAGGAAAUAUUUCUUGGCUGCUGUCAGACUCUGGAGGAUCUGCUUGGAAACAUCAAGCAGUGAAACUGAUGGAUUUCCUCCUUCAGUACAAAACUGUGAAGUUCAGCCUGGAGAAGAAACACUCCUCUGCCUCACUGUCAGCGUGUUUAAUGAAUAUUAUUUAGUCUUUACCUCACUGGUUAAGGUGCACUUAAAUCUUUCAGUGACACCUCAAAGUGUCUCUGAUGGACAAAUUAAAAUGAAAAUUAAAACUGUUGGAAAAUCACCAGUAGACUGUGAAGUACCAGGAACAGGAUUUAUGGAGCUCACAAUAAGCGCUCUUGGUUUAUGCAAACAUUGUUUGUUAGUUGUCUGUUAACUUUAAUGUCUCAGAGAAACUGAACUAUAAGCUGAACACUUUAAGUAACUGCUGCACUUUAUAAACAGAAAGAAGCUGAUUUAUACUCCAGAUUUUUAAACUACAACUAAUUUAUUACAUUUACUGUGAAACUUCCUGCUGGUUGGGAGUCGAUGUUCAGACUUUAACGUCAUAGUCCGAUUUGUGACUUUGUGCUUUCGCUGCCUUUAAGUCAAAGUCAGUGUUUCGCUCACAGACAGAUGAGUGUGUGAUGAAACAAGCUUAAACUUCAACACGAGAAUAAAAAUAUUUAAAUACUGACCUGAAAGAGUUUCUUGGAUUCUUUGAUUUUCAGCCUCUUCUUGACAUUUUGUUACAAUUUGUGUGUUUUCUUGUUUUUACAACUAAAACCUCGUCCUAUUCAUAAUUAUUUAUUUAUUGUUGUCAUGUGUUGUUUCCUGUUUGCAUUUGAUGACGUUCUCUAUGAUGAUUUAAUCAAAUCAUCAAAAAUUUGAGUUUUUUCUUAGUUAGAUAUUAAAAUGAUCGACAGAGUUUACUGUUGUUGUUCUUGAAUAACAUCAGUAUUUGGUGAACAUGAUGAUGAAAUCAAAUAAAUCAGUAACAGUUUGUCA